ACAAUGCGUUUGACUUGUGUGAUAUUAUUAUGUUUAAAAUUUGUCACUGGAAGUAUUUGGAAGAACGGAAUUGUUCAUUACGCUAUUAAUAGCAAGGAUUAUGACACACAUUCUCAAGACAUUAUCAUGACGACAUUUUCUCAAAUUCAAAACGAAAUAUGCAUCAAAUUCUUCCAAGCUCAGAUGAAUUUAAAUACCAGUAAUGGGGACAGAAUAUUGUAUAUAAGUAAUCCGGAUAAGUGGAAACAUUGUAUGCCAAUUGUUUACGACUUUAGCAAAAGUGUUAUAGAUAUGCCCAUCGGCUAUAAAUGUCUGAACCAAAAGGAUAUAGCGAGGAUUGUCGUGGAGAUGCUAAAAGCAAGCAUUAAUCCAAAUGGAUCAGCGAUAAAUAGUUUUGACUUACUUAAGAAGUUCGAAGAUGAGGAUUCACAAUCAACAGAUACACUUUUAUCGACGAAGAAUCGGAAUUAUAUAAACUCCAUGUACCAAUCGGAAUGCGGUCGCAUAUAUCAACCGUUACAGAUAAUACAAAGACGUACGUUUGACAAUUAUUCUGAAUAUCCACUGAUAAACGAUGAAAACUUGGAUUAUUAUAGUGACAAAUUGUGGCCGAACGGAAUCGUUAUGUGUGGAAUCGACGAGGAUUUGAAAAAAUCAGAAGAUUAUAACACCCUUCAAGACGCAAUGACGGCUAUAGCACGUUUUACUUGUGUAUCGUUUCAAGAAAUUAUUGAUAAUGAUGAAUUGACAGAGAAAAAUUAUAUUUGGUUUGGUAAAGAAGGGGAUGACAUGCCGUUGUUCGGAUAUGGAGGGGGUAAGCAGGAAAUAAAGUUGUCAUCGUUCCUGCGAGGUGCGCCUGGCCACACCGGGCACGUCAUUAAUAACUUGCUAAGGAUCCUUGGCGUUCAUAUGAUGUCUAACCGUUACGACCGAGACAACUACGUCAUCAUCAAUUGGAAGAAUGUUGAAAAGGGCAAGGAACAUUUUCUCGAGAAGGCUCCCGAGGCCGCGUGGAUCUCGGCGAUCCCAUAUGACUUCAGCAGUGUAAGUCACGCGUCUGCGAACUAUAUGUGUGGGAACUGCGACCUUGGGCAGACUACGGUGCAACCUAUGCAGGACCGUCUUUGGCAUCGCACCUUGUCUAUGGGUCGUGUGAAUCGUUUGAGUGAAUUGGAUAUAUUAUCGAUUGACAUGUUAUAUCAUUCGCAAUGUGGUGAACGAUCAACGAAACGAAGAUCUGAAAUUAAACAAUAA